UUACACUCAGUUUUAUUCUGACACUGCUUUCUAUUAGUCGUCUUGUUAUUUUGUUUAUCUGGUUUAUCAGAAUUAACCCAAAAUUUAAACAUGCCGAAAAAACUUAAAGUUGUAGUGAAAUCAUUGUAUUCACAUGAAAUACGCAAAGAUGUUAGUUUGGAAAAUCUUAAAUCACUCAGGCUGGAGGAUGCCUGGCCGUUUAUAAGAGAUGAAAUUGAGAUAGAAAUAGGAAGUAGUGAACUAAUUUGUAUUCCGCAUAUAACAGAAGCAGUAUUAUACGAAACGACAUCAUUAUUCGUGCAAAAUGAUAAAGAAAUAAAUGGUAAAAUGUUUACACCACUAGGGGAACUAAUAAAAAAUAUUAAUAAAGAGAAAUCUAAUAGCGACUAUGUGAAAUGGUUGGAAGAAGGCAAUUUCCACGACACAGACUUCAAAUUUCCACACGAAAGCGUCAAGAUCACAUUGCAAGAUGAAUCAAUCAAGAAUAAAGUGAGAGUCAUUAUGGUGAACUUCACACGCUGUUCAAUCCCAAAGAGCAGAGACUUGGUCAACAACAUUUACUUAGAUGUAGAAAAUAAUAAAGAUUUGAAAGGCAAGAAGUCAGUAUACAUGAUCACAAAUGUACUGAUGGCCAAGACAAUAGAGUUCAGAGUCACGCGAGGCACCUCCUCGAGGAUAUUCCACCUCGGGAAUGCGUCACCAUUAGUGUUUGGUCUGGAAGAAUUCCUGAUUGGUGAUGAUGGAAAACUGAUCUCGAAAGAACCAGUGGCGAUAGUAUCUAAAUCUCUCAACUGGAAGAAAGUGGACCCCUCUGAUCACCUUUACAAUCCAGAUAAGGAAGCCGCUUCUUGCGAUGCUUAAAUCACAACAAUUCAAGUUUUAGAGCGCACUUUACACACUUCUAGGUUUGUGAAUUUUGAAAAAAUGACACGUGUAUUAUUCUGUGCUGUAAUUAUUAGUCUAUUUUGGAUAAUUGACAUUGAGAUACAUUUUUGUAGACAGUAAGUCACGAGGUGUCAAUGACCUUUUAAUAGGAUUUAUGUAUUUGGUGAAAGUAUUUUUAUGAGCGAUACGCUCGUCAUAUAGACUUGGAUGUGGUCUUUUUAAACGUUUAAUUUAUUAAUGAGGUUGUUUUUUUUUUAUUCUAAAUUUUAUUUUAGCUAUCGUCAUUUAAAUGUUAAUAUUUGUACAUUAUUACCCGAUAUUUUAUUGUUAUUUUUCUAAUAUGACGAAAUAAAAUUGUGAUAUUGCAUCGUUGGUGUUCCAUUGAGGUCAAAUUUGUAGGUUGACUUUUGUCGUAAUCGAAUUCGAGUCGAGCCCUUGUAGAUUUCAACAUAUAAAAGGGUAUAUAAAUGUUUUCGACAUACAAUAUACACAGUUACUAGUUUCUGUUAUUAUUAAGCUUAACUCAUGCAUUCUUCAUAAAAAAUAAAGUACUUUAGUAAAGUACAUUUUAUGAUUGUAUAUUUGAUUGCUAUAGUAAACUGCCGUGACCUGAUUGCAAUGCCUUCUAAACAGACGGCCGGUUGGUCACGCGGUUCUAUGGUGUAAUGGUUAGCAUUCAGGACUUUGAAUCCUGCGAUCCGAGUUCAACCCUCGGUAGAACCUGACUUUUUGCGUUUGCAUAAAGAUAUUUAAACAAUAUAAUGUUGUAUGACUCGUUUAUUAAAACUUAAUUAAUUUGGACCUUUAUUAUUUUUAAAUCGCAAAUUAUGAUUAUAUUGAAUUUUUAUAUAUUUUUUUUAAUAAACAUGAAGUGGAAAGGGAUUAAUGAGUAAAAUCUAUAGAAAAUGUAUUAUCUAAGUCUAGAAUUCAGUAUUAAUGUUUGUUUCUUACAAGGUUUCGACGUUUUUAAUUAAAUUAGAAAUUUCGAGGUUUUUAUUGAUUGCUUACUUAUUAAUCACCAGUGAUUAAAUAUUUAGCAUGUUUAUUUUAUGUAGCAUACACGAUAUCAACCCACCUUCUAAGAAACAACGCUGAUAAAAUUAUUUGAUAAUUUUAUAGUUAUUAGAUCAAUUGAUAUAAAUAAGUGUCCUAAUUCUAAUGUGUGUGAAAAUGUGAUAAAAAUAAAAAUUGAUUAUAUUAAACAUUAUGUUCAUAUCUUAAAUUUUAUUUACGAAAACAACGAUUCUUGGAAAAGAAUCCCAGCAAUAUUUAGAAUAUAGAAGAAAGAAAAACAAAACGCAAUUGCUGCACGUUACACAGAGCUAACUAUUAAAAAAGAGUAAUUUCACAAUUUCAUAUAACUUUUAUUAACGAAGUUAUGAAAGGAGUUGGAACUCUCAAAAAGUCGAUUCUGGAUUGUAACUGUUUUUUUUUUUUUGAUAUUUCAAUAAUAUAAUGUUUGCAAAUUUCUAAGAAUGAUGAAUACUUUACUAUAUCAUUUUUUAUCAUGACUGUAGGUGCAUUAUACAAAAUUUUGAUUAUUAUUAGGUAAUUCCUUUUAAGGUUUAAUAUGACCACGGCUUUAUUUAAUUGCGCUAACUUCACAAAAGGUAUACGGACACUGAAAAGGCUUAGCCACAAUAUUAUAUUGUUAAUUUUAAACGGUAUUCAAUGAAUUUAUGUACUUAAUUAUACCAGUGUGUAACUCUUACGCUCUUAUUCAUAAAAACUCUAAAGUCUCAUAAUAGGCUUAAAGUUCAAAUAGAAAGAAAGUGACAGAUUACUAUAAUAGUUAUAAUAGGUUUGUAUUAGGUUUUAGUUUUUAUGAAUAAGGGGUAUAAUUUUUAAUUACCCAUUAUACAUGGUAUAUAAUGUAUACAGUUAUUAUUUUAUUUGCAUUUUUAAGUUUUUUGUUAAUAUCAUAAGCACUAAAUGUUAUUGUGAAAUAAUGUUAUUUUUAUACACUUCCUAUGUUUUAAUUCGUACAUUCCCAGUGUUAUGUCCAAUUCUACAUAAAUAAAAUUGCAAUUUCUUUUAAAUUAUCAUGCCAGGGUGAUCUUUGAUUUUAAAGGUUUAUUUAAAACCUAUUUAUUAUGUACUUGCUAUAUGUAUUUACAUUAAUUAUCAGAAUGUAAUUCUUGAAAAAAUUAAAAGCUCUGCUAUAUUCCUCGUAAAUUGACUAUAUAUGUUGUUAUCACAUUUCCUACCACAAAUAUUUGAUCAAAGCCUUAUAGCGGAGCUUUUAAAUCACUUAAUUACCUAAGUUUACACCUAUUUACUUCUCUGUAUAAUGUAUUUAUUUUUAAUUUUUUAUUAAUGUUUUAUUAUAAUUUAUUAUUACAUUAAAUUCUAUGUACAAUUAAUUACAA